AUGGCGAUGGCCUCCUCUCGGCACGGACUCCCCCUAGUGCUCUCGGCUCUCCUCCUUGCAGUCCUCACUCUCUCUGCGCAGGCUGACGUCAAGAGAUACCAAUUCGACAUCGUGAUGAGCAACGUGAGCCGGCUGUGCCAUGCGAAAUCCAUGGUGACGGUGAACGGCAGCUACCCUGGGCCAACCAUCUACGCCCGCGAAGGGGACCGCGUCGUCGUCCGCGUCACCAACCGCGUCGAGCACAACGUGACGAUCCACUGGCACGGGCUGAAGCAGCGCCGGAAUGGGUGGGCGGACGGGCCGGCGUACGUCACGCAGUGCCCGAUCCAGGGCGGCGGCGGGAGCUACACCUACGACUUCAACGUCACGGGCCAGCGCGGGACGCUGUGGUGGCACGCGCACGUCGCCUGGCUGCGCGCCACCGUCCACGGCGCCAUCGUCGUCCUCCCCGAGCGCGGCGUCCCCUACCCGUUCCCCAAGCCCGACGCCGAGGCCGAGAUCAUCCUGGGCGAGUGGUGGCACGCCGACGUGGAGGCCGUGGAGAAGCAGGGCCGCAUGCUUGGCAUGGCGCCCAACAUGUCCGACGCGCACACCAUCAACGGCAAACCCGGCCCGCUCUUCCCGUGCUCCGAGAAACAUACGUACGUCCUGCAGGUGCAGUGGGGGAAGACGUACCUCCUCCGGGUCAUCAACGCUGCAGUGAACGACGAGCUCUUCUUCUCGAUCGCCGGGCACACCAUGACGGUGGUGGAGAUCGACGCCACCUACACCAGGCCCUUGGCGGCGUCCACCAUCCAGCUCUCGCCCGGCCAGACCACCAACGUGCUCGUCCGCGCGGCCCAGCGGCCCGGGCGGCUCCGGAGCCUCAACUCGGCGCGGUACCCGGCCGACGUGCCGCAUGCCGUGGACCGGCACCUGCUGUACACCAUCGGGCUCAACAUCGACCCAUGCGCGUCGUGCCUGAACGGCUCCCGCCUCGCGGCGUCGCUCAACAACAUCACGUUCGUGAUGCCCCCGGUGGCGCUGCUGGAAGCGCACUACGGCGGACUGAGAGGCGUCUUCGCCGCCGACUUCCCCGACCGCCCGCCGGCGCGGUUCAACUACACGGGCGUGCCGCUCACGUCGGGGCUCGCCGCGUCUCUGGGCACGAGGCUGAGCAAGCUCGCGUACAACUCCUCCGUGGAGCUGGUGCUGCAGGACACCAACCUGCUGUCCGUGGAGUCGCACCCGUUCCACCUCCACGGUUACAACUUCUUCGUCGUCGGGAGGGGCCUCGGCAACUUCGACCCGGCCAAGGACCCCGCCAAGUACAACCUCGUGGACCCGCCCGAGAGGAACACCGUCGGCGUGCCCGCCGGCGGCUGGGCCGCGAUCCGGUUCAGGGCAGACAAUCCAGGUGUUUGGUUCCUGCACUGCCAUCUGGAGGUGCACACGAGCUGGGGCCUCAAGAUGGCCUUCCUGCUGGAGGACGGCGAUGGCCCUGAUGAGUCGGUUUUGCCGCCGCCCAAGGAUUUGCCCAAGUGCUGA